AUGUUCCGUGCUGUAGUACCCUUAUUGACAACAGUGCUCUUCUGCGCUGGUGUCGCUUCCGCGGCAACCGAAGUUGAUUGGUGGGAGUCUGCAACACUCUACCAGAUCUACCCUCGCUCCUUUAUGGAUAGUGAUGGCGACGGAAUCGGUGAUUUGAAUGGCAUCACAUCCCGCCUGGAGUUCCUCAAGGAAAUUGGCGUCACGGCUGCGUGGCUUUCGCCAAUCUACGAGUCUCCUAUGGCGGAUAUGGGUUACGAUGUAGCCAAUUUCACAAAUAUUGAUCCUAUAUUUGGCACAUUGGCUGACUUUGAUGUGAUGAUUGCCAAGGCGCAUCAAUUAGGACUAAAAAUUAUUAUGGACUUUGUGCCAAAUCACUCGAGCGAUGAGUGUGAGUGGUUUCAGAAGUCGAUACGUCGUGAAGAUGGCUACGAUGACUUUUAUGUGUGGUCCGAUGGUAAGAUCGACCCAGAAACGGGUGAGCGGCAACUACCCAGCAAUUGGCAAGCAAUUUUUGGUGGUUCGCAAUGGACUUGGAACGAAGAUCGCCAACAGUAUUAUCUGCACCAGUUUCUAGCUAAACAACCCGACUUAAACCACACCAAUCCAAUGGUGCGUAAGCACAUGAUUGAGGUUUUGGAAUUUUGGCUUGAGCGCGGCGUGGACUCGUUUCGUAUCGAUGCUGUGCCAUUCUUCUUUGAAACGCAUUACGAAAAUGGUACCUUCCCAGAUGAGGACAGGUAUGGAAUUCAUACACUGAAUUUGCCUGAAAACGUUGAACUAUUAUAUGAAUGGCGUGAGUUUUUAGACGAAUACCAGCGAGUGCAUGGCGGCGAUUCUAGGAUCCAAGUUGCAGAAGCAUAUGCGCCAAUUGAUAUUUUGAGCGCGUACAUUGCCAACGGCACCCACGUCGGUGCGCAGAUGCCUCUGAAUUUUAAUUUCAUUGAAUUACGCACCUCAACCACGGCAGAGGACGUCGAACAGCGCGCUAAAAUGUGGAUGGAUGUUAUGUGGACAAAGCAUCGGUCGGCCAAUUGGCAAGCAGGCAACCAUGACAACAGUCGUCCGGCUACACGUAUAGGCGAGAAAAGAGUGGAUAUGAUGACGAUGAUAGUGCACGCCAUGCCCGGCGCAUCGGUCACUUAUAACGGUGAUGAGAUCGGCAUGACUGACAUGGACACAGACUCUGACAAUUACCGAGAUCCAGAGCGCACGCCAAUGCAAUGGGACACAUCGGAGAAUGCCGGCUUCAGCACAGGCAACUCCACUUGGCUGCCAAUCAAUCCGAACUACAAAUACCUCAACGUACAAACACAACGGGGCGUGGCACGCAGUACUUUGAAUAUUUACAAAGGAAUGACCAAGCUGAAAAAAACUGCCGCCUUCAAGGCGUUCAAGGAGGAUGGUGGUUUCUCGUAUGGAGCUUUGUCGAAGCAAAUCUUUCACAUAGUGAGAACUGCUGCUGGUAGAGAGGAGUAUCGUUUGCUAGCGAAUUUUGGGAACCAAAUAGAAUACUUGGAUGGUUUGACCAACAAGACAAUGGAGUAUGUGCUGCUCACUUCAUAUUCGCCCCAUAAGUAUGGUGAUAAAGUUGAUUUAAGUAAACGUAUCUAUUUGAUGCCCUAUGAAGCGGUUAUUCUUCGGUGGACUGCGUAG